AUGCCAAGCAAGAGCAAAACUACGUUUGAAAGUAAAAGGAGAGCAUGUACAAAAGAAGAAGCGACUGUUGGUGGUUUGCUUCCAGAGCUUCCAAGCAAACCUCCAGGACUGUUUGGUUUAUUUGUGUCAGAGAAUUAUUCCAAAGUUCAAGGCGAUGUUGCUUCAGGAAAAAAUCCCACUGAAAGUUUGACACAUUUGUCCAUGAAAUGGAAGACUCUUUCGAGUGCUGAGAAAGCGGAAUUAAAACAUAGACACGACGUUUUGAAAGAGGAAUACAAACGGGAAGUCAUGAAUUUGUGGAAAGGACUGAACACCGAGAGGCGAGUUCUUCUGGAGAAAUUACAAGGUCCAAAAUUACGACAACUCGCAAAUGCAAGGCAAGAACUCCUAGGAUACCCAAAGAAGCCUCCAUCUUCCUUUCUGCUUUUCGUGCAGAAAAACACAGAUAUUGUGAACGCUUCGUCUGUGAUUGAGCGUACGAAGAAAUUGGGUGAAAAAUGGAAGGAAAUGUCGGCCAAUGAAAAGGAGGUAUUCUUUAUGGAAAGCCUAAAAGCGAACGAACAAUACUUCCAUGACGUGGUUAAAUGGAAAGAAAAGCACCCUGAUGCCGCUUCAAAAGAGAACAUCUAG